AUGAUAAUAGACUUUCCUUCGCCGGAGGAGGAAGAGGAAGAGAUUCUCGUCUCGUCUCGUCGCCUCGCGUCGGGGAAUGAAAAUGAUGAUGGGACUCGUAAGCCGAGUCUAGUGGCAACCUUUAUCUCUAUUUAUUAUUAUUCGCUUCCAUCUUUCUCGCCUAUUGGAUUACCGGUUAUCCCCGGUUCCCGGUUCCAUUGGUUUAUUUUACUCUUGGCUGGUGCUGGGAAGACGCUCUCGGCGAAAGCUAUUGCCGGGGAAGCUGGUGUGCCUUUCUUCUCCGUCUCCGGAUCUGAGUUUAUUGAGAUGUUUAAGGCCAAGGAGAACGCGUCUUGCAUUGUCUUUGUAGAUGAGAUUGAUGUUGUUGGUAGGCAAAGAGGAACAGGAAUUGGUGGAGGUAAUGAUGAAAGAGAGCAGACUUUGAAUCAGCUGCUAACUGAGAUGGAUGGGUUUGAAGGUAACACUGGUAUUAUCAUUGGUGCUGCAACCAAUAGAGCAGACAUCUUGACUCUGCUUUUGCUGAGGCCGGGACGGUUUGACCGACCAGUAAGUGUUGAUGUUCCAGACAUCAAGGGGAUAACAGAUAUUCUCAAGGUUCAUGCUGGUAUUAAGAAGUUUGAAAAUGAUGUCUCACUUGAAGUGAUAGCGAUGAGAACACCUGGAUUUAGUGGAGCAGAUCUUGCUAAUCUGUUGAAUGAGGCUACCAUAUUGGCUGGACGACGUGCCAAGACAGCGAUAUCAUCGAAAGAGAUUGAUGACUCCGUUGACACUUUUUUAAUGUGUACGUAA